AUGUUAUUCAAAUUAACACAGGACUUUAACGGUCCGGAGCAGGAGAAGGAAGAUGAAGGCAUUUAGAUAUCUUGGUGUACAUUGCAGCUGUGGGCCCACAGCUUCCUUCGUAAAUCUGGCAUGAAGAUCUUCGACUGCGUAUUCAGGAUCCGGAUGCGCGGCGUAUUCAGAGGAUCUGCUACUAAGGUGGCAUUGGGAUCCUUAUCUUACGGGAUCGUACCUAAGGUGCUAGUAACUGGCGCGAGCGCUGGUAUAGGCGAGGCUAUAGCUCUCCUGUUCGCUAAACUUGGCGCGAAGCUGUCGCUGGUAGGAAGGAAUCAAGCUAAUCUGCAAGCUGUCGCCGAUGAAUGCGAAAAGCAGAAGGGCGUGAAGCCGCUGGCGAUUGUCGCGGACCUGGGGACUGAUGAGGGGGUUGAGAAGACUGCGAAAGACACUCUCAAACAUUUCGGACGACUAGACGUCCUCGUGAACAACGCAGCCAUUGGUGUCUCGACAUGGCUUCUGCACGAAACUGACAUGAAGGUAUUCGACGAUGUGUUCAGGAUCAACGUGAGGGGAGUGUACUACCUCACCAAGCUUCUGGCCCCCGCCCUCGUCGAGAGCAAGGGCAAUAUUGUCAACAUCUCCAGUGUUGCUGCGACCAUGGUCUAUGUUGGCAGUCUGCCGUAUAGCAUGACAAAGGCUGCUCUGGACCACUUUACCCGGCUGACAUCCCUCGAGCUCGCUCCUAAGGGCGUCAGAGUCAACACAGUCAGUCCUGGAAUCACCGUAUCGGAAUUCGUGAAUCGUAUCACCGGUUUUACUGAGGAGCAGUACAAAAAUUGGUUAACCAAAUUUAGUAAAAAUAUUCCCAUGGGAGAACCAUGUGUAGGAGACGAUAUAGCUCACAUGGUCGUGCACAUCGCCAGCGACCACAGCAGGCUGGUCACUGGAACAACCGUAAACGUGGACGGAGCCUACAGGCAAUACACUGACCCUAGAUAG